AGGCGUGCUUCGACAUGUCCAUCGGCUCCAUCGACAAGGAGGAAGCAGAGGCGCUCCGGAAGCUGUGCAAGAACGCCGAACGCAUGGACGCCGAGGCCAACGAGGCGGAGGAAGAGGAGGAGGAUGAAGAUGCCGACGGUGACUCGGACGAGGAUGCUGACGCCGACUUGGACGAGGACGCUCUUGCUGACUCGGAGGAGGACGCUGACGCAGAUGAGGACGACCACAUGGACGUUGAGGUGGAGGAUGAGGGCAGGAAGGGCAAGGGUGCCGGCAAGGCCGGCAAGGCCGGCACCGCUGGCACGUCCGGCAAGAAUGCGGCGCGUAAGCCGAACAAGACGGCUAUUCCCCAGGCGGGCUUGGGGGGCGCAUCUCGCCGCGCGGACGGUCUCAACAAGGCGAUUCGCAAGAAGACUGCCGACGUUGGCUCUGAGCUGGCCGAGCUGGCCGCCGAGGCCGCCGAGGCCGAUGCUGCCGGCACGGCGGCUGGCACUGCGACUUCGUCUACGCACGACAAACCCGAGUCGCUAGAGGUCGAUCAGCUGGCCAACUCGUCCAAGCAUUCUCGGGAGCAGACGGUAGCUCUUCAGGGGCUGGCGCACCGCUCGCCCUCGCCGGCAGCCACCUCGUCUGCUGCGACAUCCCCCGCCAACCCUGCUCCCACUUCGACAUCCGCCAACACCGUCCCUCCUUCGACGGCUGACGUCGCGAAGGUGCCGGCUGCCGCGCCCCCCCCGGCGGCCGCCAUCGAGACGCAGGAGAAGAUGGACGUGGAUUCGGGGACUUCGGUCGGGCCCUCGGCUACUGGUGGUGGCUCCACUCUCGAUCCCGACGCCCCCGCGCCCUCACCCGCUCAUGUGAAUGAUGCUGGGACCAGCCAACCACACCCGGAACAAGCCCCUCAGGAGGAGGUCACGGCGCCUGGCACGGACGGCACGGAUGGCACAAACGGCACGGACGGCAAGGACGGCACAGCUGGCACGGAUGGCAAGAGCGGCAAUGACGGCAGGCCCUCAACUCCCCAGCCUACGCCCCCUGCAGUUGAUGUGCAGAAGCCCACGCCACCGCCUUCGACUCCGGUCCAGACACCCGGGCGUUCAAUCACCCCGGCGGUGACCUCCCUGUUGAGCCCUGUCACUCGUGAGUCGACCCCCUCGCGCACGCCCCCGCCUCAGCCGGCAGCUGCUGAGGACGACAACGAAGAGGGCGGUCUUCUCCCUCUUCCUCAGCUUGUGGGUGGCAAGAAGGGUACCAAGCCCGCGGCCACAAAGAAGGGCGCGGACACCGUCGCAAAGGACGGCCCCGACGCAGCUGACGCGGUCAAGGGCUCCGGUACUAGCAACCGCAACGAGCCUGAGCCCGAGGAAGACGAGCCCGAGGAUGCCGAGCUCGCCAGCCCGCAGAAGAAGGGUCGGAAGAAGGUUACGGCUCUUCCGACGGACCGCCAGACUCGUCGUGGGCCCCCCCAGGAGCCGAGUCCUGCCCCAGACGCUACGAAGAAGCGCAAGCGCGGCAAGGACGCGGAAGAGGGUGAGCCUUCACCUGUGGCUGCCGGCACGAAAAAGGCGAGGUCGGCCAAGUAG